AUGGACAGAUGGUUCGAGAUUCAAUGCCCUCCGUUCAACCUCAAGCUUUCGCAUUGGGACACAAUUCUUCCACAUUGGGGGAGCUGCACAUCCGACGUACAAGAUCUUUCAGAUACGCUCAGCUUCGAUAGACUGGUGGAAGAAAACUUCUCGCAACGCUCACUGGCUGAGGAGUUCUACUCAUCCCCCAAAGUCAUUGACGUCGAGGAUAACACUGCGGAUGUCUGCCGAUUUCAGGCCAACUUCAUCGACGGAGGCCUGUUGCUGGUUGUCUCGAUUAUUCACAUUGUCGCCGACGGCCGUGGAGUGACAGAAAUCGUAAAGAUAUUUGCGGAGAACUUCCGCAAGGCACAGUCGGGCCUGCUUGGCUAUCCCUUGGAGACGACUAAAGAGUUGUAUCACUCCGAUAGAACCGAAAUUAUCACAGGAAACGGCAUCCCGGGUUCAAUAGAGGCUCAUGCUGCCUGGACCUCGACAGCUGCCAACACCCACUCCCAGCCCGUGGACAUUGAGACUUCCUGCCCUUCACCUAAUAGCUGGAUCUCAACCAACGAUGCCAUAUCUGCAUUCAUUUGGCGCAGUAUUAUGGUCGCACGUCAUCGCGCCGGGUUCCUCGACGCUGACAAGGAGGUCCAUAUUGCCCAGCCCGUCGAUUGUCGGGCACUGCUUGGCCUUGACGAGCUUUAUUUCGGCAAUGCCAUUUACAUGACCCAAGGCUCUUUGCCGUUCUCUGACCUGGCCGAUCCUGCGACUGGGCUUUCCGCCGCAGCACAAACCAUUCGUGCCCAAAUUCAAACCGCAACGGCAGAACAGUUCAGAGAUCUUGUCGGCUACGCCGAGCGAACUGGACAAGAGAAGCAAACCCGAAUGAGGAUUAUCGACGAGGUCUUGACCGGGGGAAUUAUCCUGACCAGCCAUUUCAAGUUUGGACUUCAUGCAGUUGACUUUGGUCCAGCCUUCGAGGGGCGCCACGUCAAGGCUCUUCGCUUCCCUGCUCGUGCGACCAUGGUCGGUGCAGUUAUUGUGCUUCCUAAGUUACUGGACGGAAGCUGCGAGUUCAUGAUCACCGAGCAAGAGCGCACAAUGGACUGCCUCAGUGAUGACGGAAUCUUCUGCCGAUUUGCAGCGGAGAAUAAGAAGAUGGCAAAGUCUGCGCUUUUAGAUCCUCAUCUUCUUCCAUCUCCGCCUUGUUCAGACCACGACGUCAAGGCAGACUCGGAUGCCCUAACGUCUGCAGAAAUCCCCGCCACUACCAAUCUAGAAGAUCGCUUCAGCACCACGACUCCAUCCGUCCUGAACGUGAUCACUAUGCAAGCCGCUCACAUUGGAACGAUCAAGGUCAUUGAAAUGAAUCGUCCGAGAGCCAAUAGCGCGAUCUCACUGCAAAUGCUCCACCAGUUAAAUGAGGAGGUGGAGCGAAUACACCAUGAAAGGACGGUUGGUGCGCAUGGUUAUGAGUGA